AUGGACACAAGCAGCGAGUGCAGCAGGUGGGCUGCUCCCUCGUUCACCGUGCCCACGUUGGACGGCGGCCAGCUGCACUUCCAGCCCAAGGUCAAGCGCGACGGGCCGUUGCUCUUCUACGCCUACAACUCGCAGGACGCCUUCUCCAACGCCAUGUGGACCACCGACGCCUACCUCGACGAUUUCCUCUUGAACGCCACCCACAACAGUGAGUACGUGUUUAUGUCCUACUCGGAUGACGUGGCAGAGGCCGAGGUCAGGCACAUGCGCUCCCGCAUCAUCUCGCGCAUGAAGUCCCUGGCGUUCUCUGCAGAGAGCAUUGAGCAGUGGCUGGGAAGGCUCAACUUUGUGCAACAACCGGUGGCGAGUCUGAGCGGCACCUGGAUCCCUGAUCUCCUGUCCCAGUGGAACAGCACCAUCUACCAGCUCACCGUCAACGUGAAUGGCUUCACCUUCCAGGACAAGCGGCUCGACGGCAGAUACGACUGGCUGCCCUACGUGUUCCUCACCUUUCAGAGCGAUCAAGAACUGGAGAUUGCCUACUUCGGCGAUGGCUGCGGUGGCCAGCCAGUGCAGAAUGUGUCUGGCAAGCUGGCGUUGAUCUCGCGCACCCCCUACAGUGUCAAGUGCGACUGGUUCACGAAGGUCAGAAACGCGCAGCAGGCCAAUGCCACAGGCGUGAUUGUGUACAGCGACCCCGGCGAACCGCUGAUCGACAUGAACUGCCAGAACUCGUUCGAGUGCAACACUCAGCUCAACAUACCCGGGACGAUGAUCACUUUCCAGGCCGGUCUCUCUCUGCGCGCUCUCUUGGACGAUCCGACGUUCGACUACCAUAGAAACAAGGUGACGGUGAGCUUCACCAAUGUCACCGUUCCGGGCUUCUACCUCGUGAUCGACGAGCAAUCACGAAUUCAAGAGCUUGGCUGGCUCAAGAUGCCGACGCUGAUGCACUACGCUUGGGCUUCGCAAUGGUACGAGUACUACACCAAAAUGCUCGCGCAGGUUGAUUCAUACGACUACACCAUACCGAUUGCGCGCAACAUUGUGAACGAGAACAAGCCCCACACUGCACGUGUGAAGAUGCCGUCGCGUAAUACCCUGCUGCAGUCGUUCACGGACCUGACCCUGGAUUUGGCCAUGUCCUGCCUGGGCACCCGGGACGAGGACUGCCCCAUCUGUCCCGAUGCCUUGUGCCAGAAGGAACUGGGCAGCCCGACUGCUGAUUACGACCAGCCGUUCUACUGCAACUUCACCUUCGGCACGGGCACGGACGAGCCGUGGGUGUCCACCAUCAACCUGCUGGCUCGGAGGAAGGCGUCGCCGCAGCAGCGACACCCGAAAAAGUUCUGGAAGCAGAGCUCCGCAGAGCGCCGGCGAAGCCACACAAGCUCAUUCUCGGCGGCCCACUGCACGCGGGUGGAGUACCUCUACUCGGGCGGCAACUGGAACGUGAACUACACCUACAGCCCCGUCCGGUUCCAGCCGCCCAAUGGCACCGUGAAGACCGAGCUCGUGACCCUCAUCACAGGCCACGGGAGUGACGCGGAUGGUUGUGGCGAGUUCUGCAACAUUGUGCACACGUUUGUGGUGAACGGCAAGUACAACCACUCGCAGAGCAACCCGCAAGCCGCGACUCCUCUCGGCUGCGCCAACGAGGAUCCAUUCCCAACGAACACGGCACCUGGCUCUAUGGCCGUGGCGCCCUACGUGAAGGACAUCACGCACGAACUGGUGCCGGGGACCAACCAGAUCAGCUACCACGCCACCUACAACGGCCAGCCGCCCAACCAGACCGGCGGCUACAUCGUGAUGUCGUCCUACCUCGUCUAUUGGCUCUAA